CUCCAGGUGGGGUCUCACCUGAGCGGGGCCGAGGGCAGAGCCCCCCGAGCUGCUGCCCACGGCUGGGGCCGGGCCCAGGGGUCCCUCCAGCCUCUCGCCCACCCACCCUCACCGCGCCCACUGCCGGGCUGCGGAGGUGACGCUAAUUAUACCAAAAAUAACCAAUCCCUCGGUGUUUUUGUUCAUGUUCGCUCCGGGCCCGACGUUCCAGCCCGGCCCCAGCGGCUCUCCCGCCGCCGAAGGUGAAAGCCUCAAUCAAUCAUUUUUGGGGCUGAACCCCAUUGGCUACGGCCGGGGAGGCGGGGCUUAUCAGCUAUAUAGGGGGCGGCAAGCGGCGUUCCCCUCAGUGCUGUUCCCGCCACUUGUCACGUUCGGUUAUGUCAUGGCCUCCGCGCUCCGGCCCCUCCGCUCCCUCAGCCGCGCCGCGCUGGAGCCCCGCGCCCGCCGCCUGCACCUCAGCGCCGCCCGGGAGGACGCCGUGGUGAUCUCGGGGAGGAAGCUGGCGCGGCAGAUCCGGCAGGAAGCGCGGCACGAGGUGCAGCAGUGGGUGGCUGCCGGCAACAGGAGGCCCCACCUGAGCGUGGUGCUGGUGGGGGAGAACCCGGCCAGCCACUCCUACGUCCUCAACAAAACCAAAGCAGCGGCUGAUGUGGGGAUCAGCAGCGAGACCAUCCUGAGGCCAGCCUCCAUCAGCGAGGAGGAGCUGCUGGAGCUGAUUGCCAAGCUCAACAGUGACACGGCCGUGGACGGGCUCCUGGUGCAGCUUCCCCUGCCUGAGCACAUCGACGAGCGCCGCGUCUGCAACGCCGUGAGCCCGCACAAGGACGUGGACGGCUUCCACGUGCUCAACGUGGGCAGGAUGUGCCUGGACCAGGACUCCAUGCUGCCUGCCACGCCCUGGGGCGUCUGGGAGAUCAUCCAGAGGACAGGGAUCCCGACGCUGGGCAGGAACGUGGUGGUGGCGGGCAGGUCCAAGAACGUGGGCAUGCCCAUCGCCAUGCUGCUGCACACCGACGGCAGCCACGAGCGCCCCGGAGGUGACGCCACGGUGACGAUCUCGCACCGCUACACGCCCAAGGAGCAGCUGAAGCAGCACACCAUCCGUGCUGACAUCGUGGUGGCAGCUGCAGGCAUCCCCAACCUGAUCACGGCCGACAUGAUCAAGGAGGGCGCGGCGGUGAUCGACGUGGGCAUCACCCGCGUGCAGGACCCCGUCACGGCCCGGCCCAGGCUCGUGGGGGACGUGGACUUUGAAGGGGUGCGGAAGAAGGCGAGUUACAUCACGCCGGUGCCCGGCGGCGUGGGGCCCAUGACCGUGGCCAUGCUGAUGAAGAACACCAUCAUCGCUGCCAAGAAACUGCUGAAAGCCCAGCAGCUCGAGGCUCUGCCUGCCUGAACAGAGCCGGGCUUAGCGAGGGGCCCCCAGAGCCGGGCUUAGCGAGGGGCCCCCAGAGCCGGGCUUAGCGAGGGGGGUUUAACGAGGGGCCCCUCUCAGCACCGUCAUCGCUGCCAACAGCUGCUGAAACCCCGCGAGCUUGAGGCUCUGCCUGCCUAAACAGGACCCUCUGUGCUGGGCUUAACAAGGAGCCCAUCAGAGCUGGGUUUAAUGAGGGCCCCUCGCAGCCAGGCCUAGCAAGGGGCCCCUCAGAGCCCGGCUUAAUGGGGGCCCUUGGAGCUGGCCUUAACGAGGGGUCCUUCAGAGCCAGGCCUAAGCAGGCCCCUCAGAGCCAGGCCUAAGCAGGCCCCUCAGAGCCAGGCCUAAGCACGCCAUUCCAGACCGAGUCCCGACAGGCCGGCAGGAAAUGCAAUAUUUGUUAUUUAUUGUCUUGCACGAGGGGCUUUUCCCCCUGGGGUCACAGGUAUUUAUUGGCUGAGCUGGGAUUACCCAAACUCCUGCUUUGUCUUUGAGCUGGGAUUACCCACACUCAGCUUGUGUUUGAGCUGGGAUUACCCACACUCCUGCUUUGUUUAUGAACUAGGAUUAUCCAGACUCAGUUUUGUGUUUGAGCUGGGAUUAUCCACACUCCUGCUUUGUGUUUGAGCUGGGAUUACCUAGACUCAGCUCUGUGUUUGAGCUGGGAUUGCCCAGACUCAGCUCUGUGUUUGAGCUGGGAUUGCCCAGACUCAGCUUUGUGUUUGAGCUGGGAUUACCUGCCCUGCUCCCUCAGGAGCUGUUGGGAUCCUGGCUGGAUCUGUAGUUUAAACUCUUCUUUAGAGGAAUUACUUGAACAAAAAUAUUACAACUAAAGCCAUACUUUAGUCCUGGGCUGGUGUAGCCUGUUCUAGAGAGCAGCUAGGCUGGGCUUUUCUUUUUGGACUGGUGGUGAAUUUUUAAACCUGUUCUAGAGUGCAGCUAGGCUGGGCUUUUCUUUUUGGACUGGUGGUGAAUUUUUAAACCUGUUCUAGAGUGCAGCUAGGCUGGGCUUUUCCUGCUUUUGGGCUGGUGGUGAGUUUUUGAAGGCCUGUUCUGUGCCCAAAGAGCAGCCGGGCUGGGGGAGCAGCACAGGCUGGCAAAAUAAAGUGUGAGAAGACCAAAAAAA